AUGGCAGGGGACAUGGCACUGCUGCGGAGUGCGCUGCGUGGAGGUGUGAUGACAAGGGGCUCAAAUUUAAUAGAAAAUGUUUACAUAGCUUCGAGAAGCAGGAAGGAGCCCAAGCCCCCCCAGGCCAGCGAGGUCCCCGAGCAGCGGCCGCAGAUGAACAGCAUUACCGUUUCUAAGAAACGCAGCUGGCUGCAGCAGAGCACGCACCGACCUCUUCCUCCUCCUCCUCCUCCUCCUCCUUCGGAAGAAGAAAACCUCUAUAAGGAAACACAUGGGGCUGUUAUCCCGGUACCCAAAUCUCCCAUCCCGCUGCCUGAACCCGCAGUGCCGUGGGCUCCUUCUGCGUCAGCGGUGGGACGGGAGCACCCUGCGCGAAGCUGCGCUCCCGUCGGUACCCUGCCGAGCACCCCCAGCCCUGCUGCGCCGAGGAGCGUUGCUUUGGACUUCGGUGAGGAUAACGAUGCAGACGAUGAAGGAGAAAUAUGGUACAACCCGAUCCCUGAAGAUGAUGAGCCCGACUUGCCGAGGGUCCGCCUGUCUGCUGUGAAUAGCCCUGUGGCUGUGGGUUCCCCGGCGGUUUGGUACAAAACCUUGCUUGGGGGUGACUUAGGGACAGCCACAGGUUCCCACGAGGGUCCCCCGCGCUCCACGGAGAGCAUGGGGGACGGUCGGACGGCUCAGCCCAGUGAAGGGAGCCAGGCCGAUGCCGUGCAUCCUGGGGAGCACGCGCAGCAGCACCGGCAGAGGUUUGGCUGCAAGGCAGCCGGCGUGCCAGCAGCAGAGGACAAUCCUGUCUUGAAGUGCCCUUCAACAGACUGGUUUUGUUGCACGUGUGCCCUGCGAAUGCAGCCAUGUCUGCUUGUACAGGGGAUGCAGCUCAAAUGGAUCGAGCUGAAUGCAGCGGGGUCUGGAGUUGUACUUGCACACAAGGCUGAUAUACCCUCAACAGAGGUUUCUCCUCCAAGUCCCAGUCCUCUGAAAAAAAGCGGAUCAAUCAACUGGCCUUUCCCCGAUAGAAUUAAAUCUCCCAGGACUGUGAGGAAGCUUUCCAUGAAAAUGAAAAAGCUGCCAGAGCUGAGCAGGAAACUGAGUGUCAAGGGAACUUCAAGCCAUACUAGUUCAGAUAACCCUCCUUCCCUGCUGAAAGGCAGCUGCCGGGAUACAAGCCAUACAGUGUCUUUGCCAUCUUCUGGAAACUCAACCACCACUGCCAGCAGGAAUGUGAUAAGUCGUUACCAUCUCGACAGCAGUGUGUCGUCGCAACACACCUACAAAAAGAAAAGCUCAAGGAGCUCCAAGUCCUACAACAAAGGUGGUUACCUCAGUGAUGGCGACUCUCCCGAACUUAUAACAAAAUCAGGUAAACAUGGGCAUGAAACCAAGUGUGGGAAAGGAAAGGAGAGCCUUCCAAGCAACAGUGGUAAAACUGAAAUAGAUAUCGAUGCUUUCAGACACUACAACUUUUCUGAUCAACCCAAGUGCUCUCAGUACAUCUCUGGACUCAUGAGCAUUCACUUUUAUGGUGCUGAGGACUUAAAGCCGCCAAGAAUAGACUCAAAAGAUGUCUUCUGCGCGAUACAGGUUGACUCAGUAAACAAAGCAAGAACAGCCCUGCUUACAUGUAGGACAACAUUUCUAGAUAUGGAUCACACAUUCAACAUAGAAAUUGAAAACGCUCAGCACUUAAAGCUGGUGGUGUUCAGCUGGGAACCCACCCCGCGGAAAAAUCGGGUGUGUUGUCAUGGCACAGUGGCUCUUCCCACUCUUUUCCGAGUGACAAAGACGCAUCAGCUGGCUGUCAAACUGGAACCGAGGGGGCUUAUUUACGUCAAGCUGUCGCUCAUGGAGCAGUGGGAGAACUCUCUUGAUGGGCUUGAUGCAGAUCGGGAGCCUGUGAUGUUUGGGGUGGAUGCUCGAAAAGUCGUAGAGAAGGAAAACGCCGGCUUGAUGGUGCCACUUUUGAUGCAGAAAUGCAUUGUAGAGAUUGAAAAGAGAGGAUGUCAGGUGGUAGGCCUCUAUCGGUUAUGUGGCUCAGCAGCGGUGAAGAAAGAGCUCCGAGAGGCGUUUGAGAGGGACAGCAAAGCUGUGACUCUCUGUGAAAGUCAGUACCCGGAUAUUAAUGUCAUAACAGGCGUCCUAAAGGACUAUCUGCGAGAGCUACCCUCUCCCCUGAUAACCAAGCAGCUCUAUGAAGCAGUGUUGGAUGCCAUGGUGAAAAAUCCCUUGAAAAUGACAGCAAGCGGUUGCGAGAAUGACCCGAGUGACUCUGAGCACACAGCAGCCCUUCUGGAUUGCCUGCCAGAUGUUGAGAAGGCUACUCUGAAGAUGCUGUUGGAUCACCUGAAACUGGUGGCUUCAUACCACGAAGUAAAUAAGAUGACAUGCCAGAAUUUAGCUGUGUGUUUUGGGCCUGUGUUACUGAGCCAGAGGCAGGAGACCACCAACCAUAACAACAGAGUCUUCACAGACUCAGAAGAGCUUGCCAGUGCCCUGGACUUCAAAAAACACAUAGAGGUUCUUCACUAUUUACUCCAGCUGUGGCCAGUGCAUCACUCGCCUGCCAAAGAACCAGCACAUCUGAAUGCAUUUCCCGAGCACCCAUCUUCCUUGAAUUACCUCAGACCCAAGAGGCAGAGACCUCAGAUGCUGAAUCUGAGCGGUACCGAGAUGUCUGGGGUGCUCAGACCAAGGCCAGCAGGUCUAGACAGCCCCUCCAGCAACCGCUACGCUGGAGACUGGAGUAGUUGUGGGGAGAACUACUUCCUAAACCCAAAAGACUGCCUGAGUGAAGCAGACUACGAUGACGUCCCUUCGGAAGACACGGAGAGCGGGGAUGACAGCAGCAAAGCUGAGGAGUCGGAUGCCUCGCUGAGAGGGCCGCAGCCCGUCCCCGUGGAGCACACCUUUCAGAGCUAUUUGACCAUGCAAGCAAUAGACUCCGCGGUGGAUCACAGGGCGAACCUCAAAGACCUGCAGGAAAGUAUUGAUACUCUGAUAGGAAACCUGGAAAGGGAACUCAACAAGAACAAGCUAAAUAUGAGUUAUUAA